AAACUUUUCCCCUCUCGUAUCAGUGCGACUUCAUUCAAAGCAUUGCUGUGUGUCGUGUGUGAGUUUGCGGUUCUAGAAGUACGAGCAAAAAAAAAUAAUAUAAAAAAUAGCAGAGUGCAAGAGAAAAGCGAAAAGACAGCAGAAGUAGCAGAAGCAGCAGCAGUCAAGGCAGCCAGCAGUGCUGAGCAGUGGGGAGAAGAAGGAAGAAAUAUUCACAAAUCCAAAAUGGACGAACUCUUGGUGGAAGUAUGCGGCGAAAACGGAGCCAACUAUAAGGGAGUUGUGACGAACGUUUUCGAAGAUGGAGUUAUGGUGGCAUUUGAAAAUGACUGGCAGGAGGAGUCCAAAUUUCUGUUCAGUCAAGUCCGGCUACCGCCGACGGAGACCGCGACCACAUUCUGCGAGCACAUGGAAGUGGAGGUGUACUCCCGAUCGAACGAAAACGAAGCGUGCGGUUGGUGGAGAGCGGCCAUUAAGAUGAUGAAGGGCGACUUCUUCGUGGUCGAGUAUCUCGGCUGGGACAACAGUUACACGGAAAUCGUGUCCGCCGAUCGGUUGCGGGUGAAGAACACCAACCCACCCAUUACCGACAAGACGUUCUACCGGUUCGAGAUCGAGGUACCAGAGGACAUACGGGAAUAUUCUAUGCUAAGCAGUGCCAAAAUCGACGGCGUGCAUCGGGAGUUUCAGAAGGCGAUCGGUGCGGCCGAGUGUAGGUACGUGCCGGAACGGGGUACGCUGCUGGUGAUAUCAAGGAACGAAACGACCCAGCGGCGGGCGACCAUGAUGCAGGAGAUGUGUUUCCGGAAUUUAAGCCAGAAGGUGAUGCUACUAAAACGAACUGAAGAAGCUGCCAGACAACUAGAAUCGACAAAGCUGCAUAGUUCGGGCGGAAAUUUCACUAACAAUCCGAGAAUUUCCGCUUUUAUUGGACAAUCAAUGAGUGAGAGAUUCACGGACGAGUUCAAGGUGCGGGACGAUCUGAUGGGGCUGGCGAUCGGUGCGCACGGGGCCAACAUCCAGACCGCCCGCAAACUAGACGGCGUGCUCAAUAUCGAGCUCGAGGAGAACACCUGCACCUUCCGAAUCUCUGGCGAGACUGACGAGGCGGUGAGGAAAGCCCGCGCCAUGCUAGAGUACAGCGAGGAGUCGCUGCAGGUGCCGCGGAACCUUGUGGGCAAGGUGAUCGGCAAGAACGGACGCAUCAUCCAGGAGAUCGUGGACAAGAGCGGCGUAGUUCGUGUAAAGAUCGAAGGCGACAACGAGCCGGAACCGAGCAUCCCCCGGGAGGAGGGCCAGGUGCCUUUCGUGUUCGUUGGCACGGUGGAAAGCAUUGCCAACGCCAAAGUGCUGCUCGAGUAUCAUCUAGUGCAUUUGAAGGAAGUGGAACAACUGCGACAGGAGAAGUUGGAAAUUGAUCAGCAAUUGCGGGCGAUUCAGGGUGCCACCAUGGGCUCAAUGCAAAACUUUUCGAUGAAUCGCAGGUCGGACCGAGCGUACAGUAGCGACGUGGAAGGGGGCUCCAGAUCAGGCCGGGGAGGAAUGCGCGGGCGUGGAGGCCGAGGUCGAGGGGGCAACCCACGGUACACUGGUCGUCGUGACAAUACCGGUGACGAUGAGUACACAAUCCGCGGGGCCGGUGGUGGUGGUGAUCGGGGUGAUCGCGAUCAGCGUAACAACUACUCCGAGAACCGGGGUAAUCGGAGGGGAUAUAGCGAAAAACGGGGCACUAGCAGUGGGGAUGGCGGUCGUGGUGGUGGCGGCGGCGGAGGUGCCGGCAAACGAUCCGAAAGAAACAAAUCCCAAAGCCACCAGCAUCAGCAACCGGGUCCAGCUUCGUCAUCGAUGCCUGGUGGCGGCGUGGCUCAGUCUCCACCACAGCAGCAACCACCGCAACUGCAGUCGCAGCAAUCGCAGCAAUCCCAGCAGCCACAGCAACAGGUUAUCUAUGAGGACUCUUGCUGGGCGACCAGCACGGAGGACGGCCAACAGGAAAACAAUCGUGAACUGAAUAGUGUUGACAGGGAUAGCCAUUCGUCGAAUGAAGGAAUCCAUAACCGAAGUCGCCGAAGAUCGAAGAAUCCAGCCCACUCGAACAAAUCCAAUGGAAACGUCCAAUCGAUGAGCGGAAAGUCAGGUAACGCUAUCAGCAGCAACAGCACACCUCAGCAGGGAGGUUUGGAUCUUCAUGACAACGGUGGCAACACGAUCGUUAACGCAACUGCUAAACAACAGAAUCACCAGCAUAACAGUACGAACAGCAGCUCUAUUAGUGCAUCAUCGCAGCCGCCACAACAACAGCAACAGCAGCAGCAACAGAUGCCUCCGCCUAAGGUUCAACGGGACCAAAAUGCUCCCAGGAACCGUGGUGGUGGCCGUGGCGGUGGCGCCGGUGGUGGUAAGCAUAAGCAGAAUCAGCAACAGAACCAGAAUCAGGCAGCUGCAGGCGGCGCCCUCAACAGUAAUGCUAAUGCUGAUCACCAUUCCCACCAUUCGGUGGGUGGCGCGACCGGCAAGGAAGCGCUUGUCAAUGGCUCCUCAUAGAAUCAACUAGCAGUGGUUAGUCUGCUGCUGGUGGGAGCGUGAACAAUAGAGAUACACACACACACACCUACUACUACUACAACUAAUAAUAAUAAUUACAUAAACCCACACAUAUAAUGAGGAAAAACAACUUACACAGAAUAGAGAAACUUACUCGACUCGACUACCAAUUACGAAUAUUUGUGCGUGUAAUCGAAGCCAAUUACAGAGGAAGAGAGCAAAUAAGCGGAAGCAGGAGCAGAAGCAAAUAUUUGAGUAGUUGUGCAAAAUCUAGAGGAAAAAACAAACAAAAACGUUGUGUAGAUGUGAUGGAGGUGAGAAAACGUGAAUUAAUCACCCACAGACAGCAAGCAAACAAAUAUUAGAUAUUGAUUGAUUGAAGGCAAACAAACAAAAAAUAUUUGCUCGCCGAUUACCCAUUGGACAUGGGGUAAGAGCAAAACCAAAAAGAGAGAGAGAACAUACAAAUACUAAAAUAACAAGCUAGAAUUGAACUAGAAUGCAGUAUUUUUAAUAAGAUGUUUUCCAAGUUUUCCUAUCUUUUCUAUCUACCCGGCAAUAUGAAAUCAGCAGCAACAGAGCAGAGCAACAGCGCGCUUCUCGGAAUCGAAUUUAACCACUCCCUAGGUUUUAUUCUCCAUUAUUCAGUUUCGUUUUCAAAAAUCGAAAAAUUAUUAACACACUAUUUUCAAACAUAAAUCCAAACAAUGAGCACAGUGUUUUGUACAUAAGCAGGGAACGAAGUUUUCUCUCGAAAACCCAAGCGGAGAAGUGUUUCGUUGAAGCCUUUCGGGAAAAUCAAACAAACAAACGAAGCAGCCGAAUUCAGAUACCACUUCCUCACCACACCACACACACAUGAGAGGAUUAAAACACGUUCAUACAAACAAACGAACAACAUUUUCACACACACGCAAAAACGCCGAUAUACGCUGAAUAGAUUAGGAAUUCCUUUUUGUUAUGCGCUGAUACACAGAACAUUAUAUGUAGAGAGAGAGACAAGCAAAUGGAACAUGUCAGGAUCAUUUUCAUUUUUUUUGUGUUAAGGAUACAAAUAUAGAGAACAUAUACGAACUAAAAAGCGAAAAUGUAGCGUCUCGCUUUGGUGAAACAAAAUGCGUGAACUAUUUACACAAUCAUUGCACGCUUUAGUGCCGGAAAGAAGUGACUACUCAGUAAAAAGCAAGCUUAGCGCGCGCACACAAUUUGCUGGAGUUAUAAAACCAAGAGCGCGCGCAUUAGCCAAAACAAUAUCAAAACCCCCCAAACGCAGCAACGGAGAAAGGAAGAACGAAAGAAAAACAUUACACUCUGGAUUAGGAGGAUCAGACGGAGAUGCCGUGUGCCGUGCGCGGACACCAAGACCGGAGCGCAACUCUUCCCAUCUCGCCCCAUCCUGAUCAUGAUUAUUAUUUUUAUUUUUUCCUAGGCUUAUUACGCUAUUUAGGCUUUUCACUGAUAUUUUUUUUAUUUAUUAUAAUAUAGUUUAACUCUUUCUGUGAAAAUAUUGUACUUUAGUUCGAAAAUUAA